UUCCUCUUCCUCCCCGUGCACUUCGAAUGUCCCUUCUCCGACGAAAGAGAAAACCCUAGCUCAGUUCGCUAGGGUAAGGGGAAGACAUGGCGGCCGCGGCGGCGACAUCCGGCGGGCACGGCAGCCGGGCCGUCGGCGGGCGCAUCCAUCGGCUGGAGGUGGAGAAUUUCAAGUCGUACAAGGGGGCGCAGACAAUCGGGCCCUUCUACGAUUUCACGGCCAUCAUCGGCCCCAACGGCGCCGGCAAGUCCAACCUCAUGGACGCCAUCAGCUUCGUGCUCGGCGUGCGGUCCGCGCACCUCCGUGGCGCCCAGCUCAAGGACCUCAUCUACGCCCUCGACGACCGCGACAAGGAGGAGAGGGGCCGCAGGGCCUCCGUCCGCCUCGUCUACAACCUCCCCGGCACCGGCGCCGAGCUCCACUUCACCCGCGCCAUCACCGGCGCCGGCGGCAGCGAGUACCGCAUCGACGGCCGGGUCGUCACGUGGGACGACUACAACGCCAAGCUCAGAUCCCUCGGCAUCCUCGUCAAGGCCCGCAACUUCCUCGUUUUCCAGGGUGACGUCGAAUCCAUCGCCUCCAAAAAUCCCAAGGAGCUCACCGCGCUUCUGGAGCAGAUUGCGGCCUCUGACGAGCUCAAGAGGGAGUACGAGGAUUUGGAGACGCAGAAAAAUACUGCCGAAGAGAAAUCUGCACUUGUCUAUCAAGAGAAAAGGACCAUCGUCAUGGAGAGGAAGCAGAAGAAAACGCAGAAGGAAGAGGCAGAGAAGCACCUACGCUUACAGCAGGACCUGAAACUGUUAAAAACAGAGCAUCUCUUAUGGCAACUCUACACCAUUGAAAAAGACAUGGAGAAAAUAGAAGCUGAACUUGAGGAGGAAAGAGGUUCUCUUCAGCAAGCGCGCGAAGAGAGUCAAUCCGCUGAAAAUGAACUUGCUGCAAAAAAGAAGGAGCAAAGUGCAUUUCUCAAGAAGAUUACCAUGUGCGAGAAGAAUAUGGCCAAGAAAAAGCUUGAUAUUGACAAGAAGCAACCCGAGCUUCUUAAAUUGAAAGAGCAAAUAUCUCGGCUCAAAUCAAAAAUCAAAAGCUGCAACAAAGAGAUUGACAAAAAGAAGGAUGAUAACAAGAAACAUUUGGAAGAGAUGAAAAGGCUGCAGAGUGCUUUGGCUGAUGUUACAAGUGCUAUCGAGGACUUGAAUGAGCAAGGCCAAGAUAAAGGAGUGAAACUGCAAUUAGCUGACCACCAAGUCCAGGAAUAUCAUAGAAUUAAGGAAGAUGCAGGAAUGAGGACAGCAAAGCUGAGAGAUGAGAAGGAAGUAUUAGACAAAGAGCUAAAUGCUGAUAUUGAAGCCAAAAAGAAUUUAGAGGAGAAUAUGCAGCAGCUGCAUAGCCGUGUUGAUGAGAUAUCAUCACAGGAGAGUGAAUUGCAGACAAAGCUCAACAAGAUUCUUCAAUCAAUCCCCAAGCAUGAAGAAGAGCUCACACAUUUACGUGAGGAACAUAACAAAAUUGCGAAGGAACGCCAGUCUUCAGGAUCUAAGUAUCAAACACUGAAGCAGAGGGUCGAUGAGAUAGAUACGCAAUUACGAGAACUCAAAGCUGAUAAGAAUGAAAGUGAGCGUGAUGCUAAAUUUUCAGAAACUGCCAAGAGUCUUAAGCGGCUAUUUCCUGGAGUCCAUGGUCGCAUGACUGAACUUUGUCGCCCCUCACAAAAGAAAUACAACCUUGCUGUCACAGUUGCGAUGGGAAAAUUCAUGGAUGCAGUAGUUGUGGAAGAUGAAAGUACAGGAAAGGAAUGCAUUAAGUAUUUGAAGGAACAACGUCUUCCUCCUCAAACAUUUAUUCCACUACAAUCAGUCCGUGUGAAGCCAAUAAUCGAGAGGUUGCGUACCCUUGGGGGAUCUGCACAGCUGAUCUUUGAUGUAAUACAAUUUGAUCGAGCUUUGGAGAAAGCAGUUCUGUAUGCUGUUGGGAAUACACUUGUCUGUGAUAAACUUGAUGAAGCUAAAACUCUAAGUUGGAGCGGUGAAAGGUACAAGGUUGUCACCGUCGAUGGGAUUCUUUUGACUAAAUCUGGCACAAUGACUGGUGGAGUAAGUGGUGGAAUGGAAGCUAGAUCAAAUAAAUGGGAGGACAGUAGAAUUGAAUCUUUGAAGAAGAAGAAAAAUCAGCUAGAGUCUGAAAUGGCAGAACUUGGUUCACCCAGAGAGUUGCAGCGAAAGGAGCUUGCAAUAUCUGAGAAAAUAACUGGGCUCGAGAAAAAGUUACAUUACUCGAAUGUCGAACAGAAAAACCUCAAGGAUAAGCUAAACAAAUUGGCGUCUGAGAAGCGUAAUAUUGAGAAAGAAAUCGAUCAUCUGGAGCCAGGAAAAGAAGAGUUGGAGAUCCGUCUUACUAAAAACGAACGGGAAUUAAAAAAGCGGGAGAAAAAAAUAAAUGAGAUUGUGGACAAGAUUUACAAAGAUUUUAGCACGUCAGUUGGUGUGAAGAACAUCCGUGAAUAUGAAGAAAAGCAACUGAAAGAUGCUCAAGCACUGCAGGAGAGGAAGCUAAGUCUGAGUAAUCAAUUGUCAAAAUUGAAAUAUCAGCUGCAAUAUGAACAAAAGAAAGACAUGCAAGCACCGAUUGCGAAGUUAAAGGAUACAAUUGAUUCCCUAGAGAAGGAACUGAAGGCCUUACAGGAGAGAGAAUCUAGUGCUAAGGCUGUCACUGAACAGAUCUCAAAUCAGAUGGAAGAGCUGAAAGCUGAGGCUGAAGACUGGAAGUUGAAGUCAGAUGAAUGUGAGACAGCUAUUGAUGAACUAAAGAAGCAGAAUGAUAGUCUUGCUGCUGCAUUGGCAAAGCUGGAUCGUCAGCUGAAGUUAAAGGAGGGUCAACUAGUGCAACUUAGAUCACGCCAGAAGGAGAUUCAUGAGAAGUGUGAUCUGGAGCAGUUGAAGCUUCCUACAGUUAAUGAUCCAAUGGAUACCGGAUCAUCCUCACAAGAACUUGUCCUUGAUUACAGCCAGCUUAGUGAAACCUACCUGCAAGAUAUGCGGUUGUCUGAACGUGACAAACUUGAGGCAGAUUUCAAUAAAAAAAUUGGUACACUAGUGGCUGAGAUUGAGCGCACUGCCCCAAACUUGAAAGCACUGGACCAAUAUGAAGUACUUCAAACGAAGGAAAAGGAGGUCACGGAAAAGUUUGAAGCGGCCAGAAAAGAAGAGCGAGAGGUAGCUGACAAGUAUAACGCUGUGAAGCAAAGAAGGUAUGAGCUGUUCAUGGAAGCCUUUGAUCACAUAUCUAAAGGCAUAGACAAAAUUUAUAAGCAGUUAACAAAAAGUCACACACAUCCACUUGGAGGAACAGCGUAUCUAAAUCUAGAAAACGAAGAUGAGCCAUUUCUACAUGGUAUCAAGUACACAGCUAUGCCACCUACGAAACGCUUUAGAGACAUGGAACAGUUAUCUGGUGGAGAGAAGACUGUUGCAGCUCUGGCAUUGCUUUUUGCUAUUCACAGUUUCAGGCCUUCACCAUUCUUCAUAUUGGAUGAAGUCGAUGCAGCUCUGGAUAAUUUAAAUGUCGCCAAGGUUGCUGGGUUUAUCCGAUCAAAGUCAUGCGCACGUACUGGUGAAGAACAAGAUGGUGACGGAGGAUGUGGGUUUCAGAGUAUUGUCAUAUCGCUGAAGGAUAGCUUCUAUGACAAAGCUGAAGCACUGGUUGGUGUUUACAGGGACUCUGAACGAAGUUGUUCUAGAACCCUCACCUUCGACCUUACCAAGUACAAAGAAGCAUGAAGUCCACUUCGGUUGGAGUCUUCCUAGUUGUUAAUCUGUGAUAGUAACAGUCCUUAGCUGAUCCUGUAUUUUAACUUGUGCAUAUAAGAAAGAGAUCAGUAGCACGUAGUUUUAUUGUACAAACCGCACCUGAUUACGGUAUCAGUUACAAGUGUGUAUUUGUGUGCUUGUGUUUUGUUUUUGCAAGAGUUACUUGGGCAUGUACCAUCAUCAUCAGCAUAUGGGAACUAGUGUGUUUGCCACCUCAACUAUGGUGAUUAAUUUGCUAGGAGACGUAUUUCCCAAGGCUUUAAAUUAUAACCACAUUUUGUGAUUUUGUUUCAAA